AAUUGGACCCAUGGAAUCGUUGCAAUCGACAUUCUGAGAUGUAAUUCGGAAGGAAAUGGCAUGUUAUCAUUCGGCAUUGCAAACCGCCCUAAAGUCGCAUAGUGCCGACAGAUUUGUAACUACUUGAGACACGUUGUUUGAAUACUCCCUGGUCCGUGAUGUCAUUUUAUGGACGAAUGACCCCGGAUCUUGUACCCGGGAAGAAGGAGGCGAGUCUGGGUAGGAACAGUCCAGUAAGUCCACAUCGCACGGGAAGAAACAGUCCCCAGCUCACGGGAAGAAACAGUCCCCAGCUCACGGAGAGUACCAGUCCAGUCACGAGAACCCGUAAAAUGUCCCGUAAGAAGACGUCCAGCCCCCUGGGAGGAAAAUCAACCAAGCCCCGCGGGUUUGGGCUUAGCGGUGCCUCUCCUAGCCGGAUGACGCUUACUGCUGCCGCACCUAGCCGGAUGACGCUGACUGGUGCCUCACCUAGCCGGAUGGCUCUGGUCGGCCAAGCACCGAGUAAAAUGGCUCUCGGUGGUCCGUCUCUUCCCGGCUCCUCCUUUAGCCGAACAAACCUCGGAACGGCCAGCAGUAGGGCGGAUCUUUUAGGUAUGGCGGUCGGUCGCUUUAAGGCGGGGCUCGGGGGAAAAUCUGUCCUACAAAGACGGCCUCUUGGAUCUAGGAUGAACCUGCUUGGCGAUAAAGGCGGGGGCCAGUGUCUGGACUGUGGAAGUAAGAACGUAAAAACUGGCGGUCCGCAGACUAGACCGCCCCCGAAGAAAACCUACAAGACGAUGGCAUCUCUGGAAGAAGACGGAGAUAGUGGCGAGGAAGGGUCUGACAAGGAGUCUGAUGAACCACCUUUCAUCUUUACCAUAUCCAGUUGUGUGAGAGAUACCAUAGACAAGGUUGCUCGGGCCCGUAUAUACCGGGAACAAACGGACAUCGCCAACAAGCUGCACGCCAUCCACAAGCGCGUGAAGACGGUGUACCGCCAGUGGGACGUGAAGGAGGACAUCCACCCCACAGAGUCCGAGAAACAACUGGUUCUGGAUAUCGGCAACAGACCGCCCAACUACAUGAGCAAGGAGAAACGUGAACGUCAAAAGAAGAAAAGACAAUCGCUGAAGGCAAUCGACGAAUUUAUCAAGCACAGCGCCACCCAGCGUAAUAUACUGGCGGAGACAAGUGAUUGGCUAAAUGCGUCGGAGGGACUAUUGGAUGAAUUCGACGAUGAGGAUGACCCAGAGCAGAAGGAGCGAACGAUGAACCAGCUCCACCGGCGGAUCGUCAUGGCCAUCCUGACUGCACAGAACUGUGUACAGAAACUCCAGCGUCUGGGCGAGAGCAUUUUCUCUGACACCGGGGAGCCCCAGGGAGAGGGACAACGGGCGUCAGCUCCACGUGCAAGGCGCCUCCCAGCGGGCCAACAGCGUGUACUGCAGGAGGGGGAAGUCCUGGAUGAGGAAACGAUCCUGGCGGACCCGGAGAACUGGAGGGCAGCGGCCAAUCAGGUGCGGAAAGUACUUCAGGACGCUACCAAAAUGGCGAGGACCAACAAGGCCCGAAAUGAAGUGCGAGACGCCAUCAAGCAGUUUGACUUCAUCUCUGCAGCAGUUGACCGGAGGGCAGACGAGUUGAGGGAGAGAGAUUCCCAGAUUGUCGACCUUAAGGCGGAAAUCGACAGGCUUAACAACAGCAAGGAUCGAAUGGCGGAGGAGUACAACAGUCUGAAGAAAAAAUGCACCCAAUUCAAACAGCUAGGCGACAGACUUGGUUUGAAGGUAAAGGAGACUGAAGGCCGUGUCAAGCUGGCAGAGACCAAGGCAGAGGAAGUGGCACAAAGUCUGGCAGCAGCGCAGGCUGAGAACACCACCCUUGCCAAGCAACUCGAGAACCAACAGCAGAAAUGGGCUAUGUUUGAGAACAUGCGGGCUGAAGAAUCCAAGAAGCCCUCGGGUCCUUCCUCAUCCACCAUGCUCCUGAUGGACCAGCAGGCCGGGCAGCUGAGGGAGACAGUGGACCAGCUCAAGGCAGCGCUGGACCAGAGAGACAAGGAACUGGCCACUUUGAGAGAACAGGCUGAAAUUCACAACAGGAUGCAAGGAAGCGCUCCUCCACGACCAGACAGCAGGAAUGCCGGUGUUCAGGCAGACAUGUUGGAGAAGUUUGACCAGAAGGAGGAGGCCUACAAGCUGCAGAUCGAGUCCCUACAGGAGGAGGUGUCCGGACUGCAGGAGGAGGUGCAGGAGCUCAGGAGGGACCUGCAGAUGAAGAACGAGCUCCUACAGAUGCAGGAACAGGAGCUUCAGGAGCCUGACAUUGGCACAAGUGAGCCCCCCGAGGUCGUGACUACUCCUGGUGGAACAGAAGCGGUGGCUCCAAAGAAAACCAGGCGAGGGGCGCGAGAACAGUCACCCAAAAAGAUAAACCCGGCAGCCGCAGCCAAUCAGAUGGUGUCACGCAUUACACUACAAUACGAAGCUGAGAUGAGGAAAACUCAGUCUCAUAUCCAAAUGGAAAAGGCAAGGUUUGAUGCUGGUCUGCGGAAGAUUCGGCUGGAGCAGGGCAAAGACUUGGGAGAUGUGGACAGGGAAUGCCGCCAUAUUGUUUACACCAUCAACAGGUUCAAGGAAGCCAUCGUGCAGAUCCUUCAGAAGGAAGACCUUCCUGAGCAGGCUCUGGAGGUGAAACAGAUCUCGGACCUGUCCCUCGGCCAGGCCAGCCAGAGGUCCUUGAGGAGCUUGAUAACACAGCUGGGAAAGGACGUUGUGGAGAUGCUCGUGUCCUUGGAGUUCAAGCUUGCCAAAGCACUGAUGAACAAGAGACUCAAGAUUAAGGAGGCUGCUACCGGCAAGUCUCUGGUGGCCAAGGACCUGGAGGCCCAGGCUGCACAUGCGCAGCGGCUGAAGCGGGAGGUGAUGACGCAGGAGGCCAGGGUUAAGUUCGCGCGGGAUCAGCUGGAGGGUGCGGAGAAGGAGCUGGCCAUGUCAAAAAUGAGUCAGUCAGAGAAGUACCACAGUCUGCUGGCGCGGUACCGUGAUAUGUCCGGCGCACAGGAGAAGCUGACAGAACAGCUGCAGAAGAAACAGCAGCUGUUUGUGGAGGAGCUGAAGAUGAAGGACAGCAGGAUCCAGCUGCUGACGGAUGUAAGGCAGGAGCUGGAGAAACAGUUGGAACAGCAGAACCACAUCAUUAGGGAGAUAAAGGAUCGUGUUUGGGUUAAUAAAGACAAGGCAGAGGAAAGCCUGUUCCGUAACAUACACCAGCAGAGUGCCGCUCUGAGAGAGAUGGAAAAGCUCUUCACCGAUCAAUCUGUUGCAGAGGAGAUUCGUUUCCUGAUGGUUGAUGUGAUGAGGAUGACACGGCAAAUACCAGAGCUCCGCUUGAAGCAUUUGUGUGAAAGGUACAUCGCACACUGCAGGUUCCAGCAGGAGAAGGCUCGUCUGAAACGCCAGGCUGCUGCUGCCACACGUGAGCUGAGGAGAGACGUGGAGGAGUUCCUGGUAGGUAUGGAGGAGCGGCUGCAGACCAGCCACGGCCGCUGGCUCAACAAGAAAGCUGAGCUUGAGGCCGAGCGACAAGCGCUGUUCACCCAGAUGGUGGGUCUGUACCAGGACGUGGCGUGGGCGAUGUGGCUGACCGGAGGGCAGCGUACGGGAGCGUACACACCGCUGUCCUUCAGGACGCUCCGUUCCAGCACCCCGGGAGGGACCAGACGUCACCGGAAAGAAGGAGUUUUUCUUCGGCCGAUCGGAGACGAUGAUGUCCUGAUUGGUAGAAACAUGGUCAUCACCAGUGUGGAGGAUGACCAGUACUGGAACACGUCAGCCACAGGUGCCGCUCCAAUGGGCGUCAUGGUAACCACACCCACCAUGUUGUCUAUGGAUGUCAACCAGAGUAUGGAUAGUGCCAAGAAAACCUUCCGUCGUCACUUUCCACAGACAACCACGAAAGGCAAAGAGGACGGAGACAGCAUCAGCAGUUUGUCCAUUACAGAAGGCAGACAGUCCAGGUUCCAUGGAACAGGACCCUCCAGUCAACCCUCACAACCGAAGAGACAGCCAGUCCUGCCUCCAGUAGCCACACUGUGCCCGGCCCCCUCACCAGAUGCUGCUGAAUGGAUGGAGUACCCCCUACCCUGCCACCAGCAAAACCUUGUCUAGCUGUUUACACAAAUCACCAGUCAAUGAUGCAUUUUUUUUACUCUCAAACUGUUUUAUUGUCUAGAUUAUUGAUCUCCAAAACAAAUCUAUUUUGGUUUCAUAGUAUUAGAGGCAAUUUGAUUGAAGUUGUUGCAAUUACUUUUCACUGAUUUUACCUCCUAAAAAGAUUCAACAUUUCAAAAAGAUUCAGGAUCACAUCCUUACCAGAAGAUAAUGCACAUUACAUGCAAUCAUUUCCACAUUCUUAUGCUACAAGAUAACAUACUUGAACAUAUUAACUAUUUGUAAGGCCACUGACAAAAUACGACAAUUCGUUGUACUGAAAUCUCAUUAAACAGCAAAGCUGCAUGUCAUUCCUUGUACACACGUUAUUGCUACAAUAUCAAUUGCACUGAUCAUACUUUCAUUAAAACAAUUGGUUUGAUUACCA